UGUGAGUGUGCGUGGGUUUUUUUUAUCAGUGUGUGAAUGCUGAGGUAAAAUAAGCCGGGUCACUGGAUCCUUAAAUGGCAGCAGGAUAGGUCUACACACCACCUUACACUAUACCAGAGAUUUGGAUUACAUCGACGUAUUUCCUUAAACAUAUAUACACAACCAAGCAAAGGAGAAAAUAAGGGCUGUUACACGCGCAUCAAGCAAACAACAACAAAAACGACGAGGCGAAUUUUCUUAGCACGGUUUAACGGUUGCGCUGAGCAUUAGAGAAACGUUAGCACAACUGGAUAAAGAGAGAGAGAGAGAGCGAUAAAAAGCCCCCCUCGCGAAGACAUCCCCGAAGCGAUAGCGCAAGCGAGAAAGCGAGAAAGGGAAAGCGGCGAAAAGAAAGCAAAGAACGAAGACAAACAAUAUUUACAUAGGAAAAAGAACACAACACGGGAAUAAGUGAAGAAAAAGAUCAAUUGCUUCCUAUUUACAAAAUUAUCCUAGUAAAAAUUAAUUAUAUAAUCAAACCAACAAACAAAACAAGACAACAACAACAAAACCCAAGGCAAACAGCAAGUAUUACAAAUCGCGAACCGAUAGCGCAACCUAGCGUCAACUAGAUCUACUAACAACGUGCAAGUGUGCAGCGUGCGAGUAGCAGCCUCCCUUCUACCAUUGUGCGGCUCCGGCAGAGUCGACAACGGACACAACUAAAGCGAAGGUGCACACACAGGCGGAUUCUGUUCCGUUCCGGCCCUCGUAAUCUGAACUUCCAGCAGCAUCUACAUCCCCCCCUCCCCUCCGGAGAAUUCGCUACCACACGAAACGAUUAAACACCUUCACACCAACAACAACAACAACAAAACCAGCGGAAAGUGACGGAAGUGACCGCUGCACGACAAUCAACAAAUUAGCAUUCAAACAAACCAAGAGUGAAAUUUAAAAGACAACAAAGAGCAAAACAAAACAACCCCCCUUCCCCUUUUUAUAGUAGGCAGCCGGGUUUUUGGGGGCGGGUGAGCGGCGGAACGAAAGGGAAACCCGCGGACAACAGUGUGGCAACGGUGGUGACACCUGCCAACAAAGUACUUUCCCAAUAUACCAUUCCCACCAUCUUGCCGCCGCCGGUGUGGCGCGGUGUUGCGGUACAACCCCGGGGAGCGUAGACGAAGCAAUAAACCUGCAGUAUUCAAUUCAACCGGUACCAAAUCGCAAACAUACUAACGACGAAGAAAAAAGAAAAAGAAAGCUAAGUAACACCCGCCAAUAAACCACUCACCAAUACGCGAGAUAACGGAAGGAUCAUCAGACAGUGCUCCGCGUACAUCUGCCUGUAACUGGCCAAGAGUAUAACUAGUGAAACCGGAACUUCUGGUACCGCUGUAAACAAACACAUUAGCACAAAUUUUCCAAACUCCAACACCCUCAAGUCGUAAACAAAGCAACGAAAGAAGCAGAAACGGACGAGCUAUUAAGGCGCGCAGCGUGUAUGUGUGUAUAUGUAUAUGUGUACAAGCGUGCGGCGUGAGUGUGUGUAAAGUGCUAGUAGGCUGCAAAGAAGAAAAAAAAACAGAACGGUAGUGAGUGUGUAUGUGUGUGGACUGUUUGUUUUUUAAAGAAAGCCAAGCAAUUUAGUAAACAAAAAAAAAGGGAAGAGAUACCACAGCUAGUGCAAGAUAUCUAGUCGUAAAGAGGAUUUAUAAAGGCGAGGAAACAUAGGUAAAAAAUAGGGACACACGGUCAUAAAAGUCGUCCGUGUAUUGGCUGUUUAAGCGAACACAUUUUUACUACACGAAAGGUGCAAAGCACUUUAGGGAAGAACACGGCGAAUUUGGCAAAACAGAAGAAGUACUGCACCACCGGGGAACUCUCCACCAACGCUGCAAGAAUACUGCGAGCGAGCGAGAACCGAACGCGUGUUAGUAAACGCGUGCAGAAGUGUGUUGGUAGUGCGACACAGAGUACUAAACCGCAACUUAGCUAGGAGAAAGGAAAACGGGAGAGAGAGAGAUAAGAGGCACAUUCAACUCUAGUCACACACUCAGACACAGGUGCUCCACUCUCUCAUUGACUGGGUGGUGUGCGCCAACCAGCUUCCGUAGCAGAUUAACGAAACUUAACGAAAAACGCAACGGUUUUAAAAACGGAAAGCUAAGUAAACAGGUGUUGGGACCUGUCAAACACCUGUCAAAACAAAGCAGCAGGAAGAGUUGCGCAGCAGACCUAUAGUUAGCGAAGACGAUCCGUAGCAGGCGCGCUAUAUAGAACAAAUACAACAACAACUAAAAAAAAAAAAACAAGCAACAACCACACAAGCAACAGAGAAUCCAUCCAUCUUAUUAAGAUUAGUGAACACAGUAGUACCGAGGCCGGCGACACGAUGAUCUCGAACGGGUUGGAAACGGUGCAGCAGAAUGGGCGUUCCGGUUCGAUCGGGAGCGGCCAAGAGGAUAGCAAGACGAACCUGAUCGUCAACUAUCUGCCGCAGACGAUGACACAGGAGGAGGUGAAGUCACUCUUCUCCAGCAUCGGUGAUGUCGAGAGCUGCAAGCUGAUCCGCGACAAAGUAACCGGGCAAAGCCUCGGGUACGGUUUCGUCAACUACCACCGGCCGGAGGACGCGGAGAAGGCAAUCAACACGUUCAACGGGCUGCGGCUGCAGAACAAAACGAUCAAGGUGUCGUUCGCCCGGCCGAGCUCGGACGCGAUCAAGGGUGCCAACCUGUACGUGUCCGGUCUGUCGAAGAGCAUGACACAGCAGGACCUGGAGAAUCUGUUCAACGCAUACGGGCAGAUCAUCACCUCCCGCAUACUAUGUGAUAACAUUACCGGCCUAUCGAAGGGUGUCGGCUUCAUACGGUUCGACCAGCGCUCGGAGGCGGAACGGGCGAUCCAGCAGCUGAACGGUACCACACCGAAGGGCGCGUCCGAACCGAUCACGGUGAAGUUCGCCAACAAUCCUAGCAAUAACAUCAACAAGGCGAUCCCACCGUUGGCGGCAUACCUAACACCAACACCGAACCUGCGCCGCUUCCCACCCGGACCGAUCCAUCCGCUCAGUGGCAGAUUCAGCUUGCCAUCGAACUUUAGCCGCUACUCGCCGUUAACCGGCGAUCUGGGCAGCUCAGUAUUAUCCGCAAACGCAAUCAACGGUUCCGGCUGGUGCAUCUUCGUCUACAAUCUCGCGCCGGAAACGGAGGAGAACGUGCUGUGGCAGCUGUUCGGUCCGUUCGGUGCGGUCCAGAGCGUGAAGGUGAUCAAGGAUCUGCAGACGAACAAGUGCAAAGGGUUCGGGUUCGUUACGAUGACCAACUACGAUGAGGCCGUCGUCGCCGUCCAGUCACUCAACGGUUACACGCUCGGCAACCGCGUCCUGCAGGUUAGCUUCAAGACUAACAACACCAAGUCGAAGGCCAAUUAAAAAUGGGAAAAAUUUUAAGUUUCUUUAAAACCGUUUUAAUGCUCCCUUCCAGCCUGGAUGCGAUAUACUCGAUCCAGGUCUCUUAUUACCCCCACCCUCACCCCCCCCCCCUCUGCUUCCCACCCCUUGCCCAAAACAUUUCCGUUCCUCGCAACCCUUUUUUUUGU